AUGGGUGAUAAUUCACAAGAUAUAAUGACAUUGGACUAUGAUUUACCAACAGUUAUUAUUGAGGGUGAUAAUAGUGCUAAAAGCGAUACUGUAGUCAACGAUGGAUCUACAACCGACCCACGUGAGGAUAAUGAUAGUAGCAACGAUAACAGGGGAAAAGCAUUCAAUGCUAAAGUUGAAGAUUAUAAAAAUGGUUUGUCAUUAUCAAUGAGAGAAAAAUCAAUGAUAUCAUAUCGGUAUGCUAGUAGAAUUAUUAAUGCGUUAAAACAUGAAACAGCUGGAAAGAAAGUUGGAAUAGAUUGUAAAUUUCAUUCCUGGUCACAAUUGACAGCCAGCGAUGAAAAAACGUCUUCACCGGUUCUGUCACAACAUCAGUCUCCUCCAUCUACACCUAAUCUUAUAUCAAAUUUUGGUGAAGAGGCAACGGAUAGCUGCAUUAUUAAUACAACAGAUUUAUUAACCGUAACAGUAACAGCGGCUUAUGAUGAUAAUAUAUUACAAUCAAUCCAAGAUACUGCCCCAAGUUCAAAUACAAAUAAUGCAGAUUCUUUGUUUGAUCAAACGGAUCUGUCCAAUCUUGGUGACGAUAGUUCACGGCAUGCAGUUAUUCGGCAACAAGCAGCUGCUUCUUAUUUACUGAAUGCACAAAAACAAAUCAUCGCACGUAAUACUCAUGUGAAAAAUUUGUCGGAUAAUUGUAAAAUUGGUGAUUAUUAUGGUUUACAAAUCGAUAAAGUUGAUCGAACAAAUAUUGACGCAAAAAUAUGUGUGUUAUUAUUGAAAAAGAAUUUAUCUGCUGUUCCACAAGAGCUGGUUGAUUUAAAAACUGAUGGUAUGAAAAACAUUUCAAUGAUAACAGCUUCAAAAUUGUAUGUUCGAGGUGCUACAAAUGGUGUUACAUGUUCAUGCAAAGGAGGAUGUAAAAAUAAACAAUGUGCAUAUAAGAAAAAUGGUGUUUUUUGCUCAACAAAAUGUCAUAAAAGUAAUGCAUCUUGUCAAAAUCAAGAAAACUAA